AUGAAUGAGUGCCUUCAAAUUACUCCUCAAAUAUUGCAAAAUUGUUCUCACUACAGUGAAUUUUUACGUGUUACUAAUUCAUUUCGCGCCAUAAUUUAUUACAACUUUCAGAGACAAUUAUCGCAACAAGAAUGCCUUGCUGAGUUACUGUCUGUUUUCGACAACGAAGCGCCACAUCAGGCGACAAUUUCCCGUUGUCUUAGCGACGAUCCCAGGGUGGGUGCACCAAAAACGGCAGUCACCCAGGAAAACGUCGAUGCUGUACGCAAACUCAUAAUUGAAGAUAGACAUGUGACAUAUCGUGAGAUUGAGGCGUCCUUGAAGAUCUCAAAGACCUCAAUUCAAAAAAUUUUACAUGAAGAAUUAGGAGUAAGAAAAUUCGUUUCUCGAUGGAUACCCCACCUGUUGACUGAAGAGCAGAAAGCAGCCAGGGUUAAUUGGUGUCAAAAAAAGCUUGACCCUUUCAAUUCCGGAAACUCAAAAAAUGUGUACAGCAGUGAAGAAAAGCCAACAAAAGCCAUCCUUUCUCGAACGAGUCAUAUUGCAACGAUUCCUCUUAAUGAACAAGGAACUGUUACUGCGGAUUGGUAUACCACCAUUUGUUUGCCAAAAGUCAUCACCGAGCUUCGAAAAAUCAACCCCGAAAGAAGAAUCAUCCUCCACCAAGACAAUGCAAGCUCGCACACAGCCCAAAAAACAAGGCAGUAUUUAACGGAAGAAAACGUGGAAUUAUUGGACCAUCCUCCAUAUAGUCCCGUUCUGAGUCCUAACGAUUUCUUUACUUUCCCGAAAAUUAAAAACAAACUGCGUGGUCAAAGGUUCCAGUCACCAGAAGAAGCAGUUGACGCAUUCAAAAAUGACUGCUUCGAAAAUUGGUUCGACCGCAUGCAGAUGUGUAUUAAUCUUCGUGGAGAAUACUUCGAAAUACAAUAA